AUGGAGAUUCGAUGUGAUUCACCCAACAGCUCCUUGUAUAAAGCUGCUAACCACAUUCUAGAAGGGUUGCAGGUAAUUAUUAUUAUUUAUUUCAGGUACCGUAUUAGUAGUCCAUCACUAGUUCGAAAGAUCUGUAUAUCCCCCCCCCCCCACCAGCAGGAUUUUAUUUAUUUCAGGUAUUCUGAUUCGUUCGAUUCAUUAUAUUUACAGCUAGAACAGAAAAUGAGAGCAGCAACUAGAAACAGAGUAACGAAUAAGUUGUUUAUGACAACGUUCCUUGUGGCCUUCAGUUCGGUCGCUUUAGGCUCCGUAUUGCCAUGCCCGGCGCACUCUUUGGACUCCGACAGUCCCAUCCACGAGGGCCAGCAACUGGAGCAGCAGCGCCAGCAGCGUGAGAACCUUGCGCCAGCCAAGAAAAACAUAUAG